CCUUCUUACAGAAAGAUAUUUCCAACGACCAAUAAGCAAAAGUCUCCGAACGAAAAAUCGCAAAAUCUUUCGUGAACCAAAAAAUGUCACGUCUCCCGAUCCUAAUCGCCGCCUUCCUCUUCCUCUCCAUCGCCACCGCCGAAUCAGACUCUCCGACGGCGUACUCCCUCCUCCAGAGCUACAACUUCCCCGUCGGAAUCCUCCCAAAAGGAGUCGUCGCUUACGAUCUCGACACGUCGACAGGCAAAUUCCACGCCUACUUCAACGGCUCCUGCAGCUUCUCCCUCGUGGGCUCUUACCAGUUGAACUACAAAUCGACGAUCAGCGGCUACAUCUCCGAGAACAAGCUCACGAAGCUGAGUGGCAUCAAGGUCAAAGUCCUCUUCCUCUGGCUCAACAUCGUCGAGGUCAUCAGGAAAGGAGACGAGAUGGCGUUCUCCGUUGGGAUCACGUCGGCGAAUUUCGAGAUCGAGGAGUUUCUGGAGUCUCCUCAGUGUGGGUGUGGGUUCGAGUGCGAGAAAUCGAGUUCCGACAAGUUUGACAGAAGCUUCCCUUUUGUCUCUUCGUCGUGAAAAGAUUGAAUCUUUGUCUAAUAAUAAUAAGUUAUUGUCAUUGGCUGAGGAACCCUUUAAGUUUAUGUUAUUGUUUCAAUCAAACUGGUUAUGGUUAGGAUUCGUCAUGCUUAUGUUAUUGUUUCAAUCGA